UUGCUGUGUUGACGUCACUUGUUUUUCCGGGCAGUGGUGGUUCGUUGGGUAGGUUGUAAUGGUUGCUCAGGAGUCGUGGAGUCCCGCGUUGGUUAGUACCCUCUGAGAGGGCGAAAAGGGGUGUGGAAAGCUCUGUCUCAGAACGGCAGAGCAUGGCAAACAACUGCUGUUUCACAUACUGUUGGGUGUGUAACUAGGGUGAGGGGUGACUUGGGUGGGGGUAAACAGGUGAGCUAUACAUUUACCUGGAGCAGUUGCCUUGAAACGGGGUUAAUAUCUUUGUGUUGGAUAAAAUUGUUCCGUGGACCCUGCCUUUUAGCUGAAGAUGAUGGUGAUGAUGUUCAAUAUACUGAGGGCAGGAAGAGUAGGGGGAAUUCCUAAGAAUCUACCUCUUCAGUCUGAACUGCGCUGGCGGUCUACCUCAGCUACUGACUACCAUGAAAUGGCAAGAGAAAGAUCCAGGACUGUCACUUCAUUUUAUAACCAGUCUGCAAUAGAUGUGGCAGCAGAGAAGGCGUCUGUACGUCUUACACCAACUACAAUGCUAUAUGCUGGAAAGGCCCCAGAUGGUAGUCAUGUCUUGAAAAGUGCCCGCUAUCUGCACAUGGAGCUCCCUGUCCGCAUCGCUCAUAGAAUCAAGGGGUUCCGAAGCCUGCCGUUCAUCAUAGGCUGUAAUCCUACAGUUCUUCAGGUGCAUGAACUAUACAUCAGAGCUUUCCAUAAACUGAGUGAAUUUCCUCCAAUAACUGACCAUGAGAUUGAAAACCAGUACUGUAAGCUGGUACGGCAGCUUCUUGAUGACCACAAGGAUAUUGUGACGCAGUUGGCGGAGGGCUUCCGUGAGAGCAGGAAACACAUACAGGAUGAAAAUGUGGUCCGUCAGUUCCUUGAUAAGACCCUGACAUCACGGCUUGGAAUCCGAAUGCUUGCAAUGCAUCACUUGGCCCUCCAUGAGGAUAAUCCUGAUUAUGUUGGGAUAAUUUGCACCCGUCUGUCUCCAAAAAAGGUAGUUGAAAAAUGGGUGGACUUUGCAAGGCGCUUGUGUGAACACAAAUAUGGGAAUGCUCCAAGGGUGCGAAUCAAUGGGCAUGUGGCAGCCCGUUUCCCUUUUAUCACUAUGCCCUUGGACUACAUCCUUCCAGAGUUACUGAAGAAUGCCAUGAGAGCUACCAUGGAGAGCCACACAGACACACCGUACAAUGUUCCUGACAUAGUUGUUACCAUCGCCAACAACGAUAUUGACUGGAUAAUCAGGAUCUCUGACAGGGGAGGAGGAAUACCUCACAGUCACCUCAACCAAGUCAUGGAUUACCACUUUACUACAGCAGAGUCAAGUAAUCAGGACCGCAUGAGCACACUCUUUGGCAACAUGGUGGACAUGGUAAACAGUGGCCAGUCUGGGCCAAUGCAUGGCUUUGGGUUCGGAUUACCUACCUCACGUGCUUAUGCAGAGUACCUCGGUGGCUCCCUCUCCAUCCAGUCUAUGCAGGGUAUUGGCACAGACGUCUAUCUUCGGCUGCGACAUAUUGAUGGAAAGGAGGAAAGCUUUCGCAUAUAAGACCACCUUUUCCUGUUUUACAUAUUCAUUCCAAAGAGCUCCACAUUCUGCCAUGAAAUUUCCAUCAUACAUUCAGUAGCUACUCUGUUAGAAAUCUUGCUUUUAGACAUGUUGUAAGCAAACGGGAGUAUUAUUUCCUUAACUGUCACACAUGCAUUAUCCUUGUGUAUGUGGGAGUUAUUAAAAGGCUGCAUGUAUUUUAUGCAGAGGAAAAGUAUCUUGUUUCACAGAGAGUUAUUGAAGCAUCACUUUAAGCAUUGUACCACAGUGCUGUUUAAGUCAUUUCUCUAGAAUGUUUGCUGCCACUGCCAGUUUAAAUAUACGUGGUUGGAUUCCUUGCCAAUAGCAGCUGGAAUAUGUAGAAAUCUCCUGCUUCAUAACUGCUUGCUCUGUCAUGGUUUACCAUCUUUUCAUUUUAUGUUUUAGUCAAAAUGAAAUGUUAUUUUUUUAAGGAAUGCACUUAAAGGUAAAAAGGUAGCUUUUUCUUGUGGAGAGUAUAUAACAGUCUGCACUGUGACAGAGUUUAUUCACUGAUGAUGUAUGUGUUAACCUGUGUUAACAUUUCCGAAAUUUACCUAGUUGUAAAGCAUUUGCUGGUGAAUGCUUAAUUGUGUAGACUGAUCUGUCACAGCCUAUUUAAAGUUAUAUUCCCUUUUUUUUAAAUGUAUUAAAAAUGACCUGGGUAGUUGUCCAAUGUAAGAAACCUAAACCCCACCUUUCUCACUCUCUCAAAUAGCGGUGAGUUGCGUUUCAGACAGACUUGUAGGGUACCAUGUAUUGUAACCUUGUGCUUUUACAUGACAACAUGGAGAAUUUCUUUUCCUUGUGAUUGUUCAGUAUGGAGUUGUACCAAGCAAGCAUUGACGGUAACAUUUCAUAUGUUGUAUGAACAGUAGACUCUUGGUCUGUUUUUUUUAAGCACUGUUUUUGAAUAUGAGGAAAGUCAUGUAGUAGUACAUUACAACAGCUAAUUCAUGUUUGUUGGACUGUACUAAGAAAGAGAACAAUAAAAAGUAUGGAGUUUACAAAA